AGCAAAUAAAAAUCAGAUUUAUCUCCACCUGGAAGUAUUUCCCAUCUAGUAGAAAACAAGCCUGUAGUAGUUGCACAUUCAAGCGCAGGCACCCCUUUGCUGUCAAAAGUAUACUAUACUUACACACAGUUCGUUAUUUGAUGCACGACUAGAACAAGCACACAAAACCAAAAGGCACUACCGGCGCUGUCCUUGAAAAGAAAAUGACCUUCUUCGCGAAAAGAACCAUGCCGGCGUCUCCUCUCGCCGCCGCUCUCAUCCUGUCGACGACCAGUGAUUCGUCCUCUCCUUUUCUCCUACCGGUCCAUGGGUACGCUGUCUCCUCGCGCGGCCCGCACCGUACUACGACGCAGCAGCAAUACCAGCAGCAGCCGGGAGGGGGGAAACGGGAUGUGAUCGGGGCCACAAGCGGUCGCAAGAAGGGCGACAAGGCGGUUCCGAAGGUGAAAUUGGUGUGCGUUUUUAACUACUUACUUUUGGAGUCUAGUUUUCGUUUUGUUUCUCUAGCUGUGGUCGUUUUUUUUUCCCUCUUUUUUUGGCCUCCAUCCAUCUGAUUGAAGCAAAAAAAAACAAAACAGACCGCAUUGCUGCAGAAGAAGGAAGGGUGCAUUGGGGAAAUGGAGCCAAUGACCCCGAUUCCGGCGGGGGAACAGACGAUUGCGGUGCCGGACUUAUCACAUGAAAUAAUGCACUUGUGACACGUCGUCCCUUUCAUCUUCUUGCAGCUGCAGUGUCUUCAACCUCUCGUCACGCCAGCAGCAGGGGCUUAUUUUCUAUUAUCGUCGCCCUUAUUGGCAUGAUCAUGAUCAUGAUGUGAUUCUGCUCUCGCUCCUCUCCUGGAAGCACAGGAAGAAGUAUACGCAGAACUAUUAAGCAAAUAGUAUUUACGUGAAUAGAAAUUUUGAGUGAAACUGAAAGAUUUUGCCGCAAGUGCGCUUUUCCAUAGGAUCUAAAGACAAAGCUCAGGGCGGGAAUCCGAAAGAUGACCCGUUGCUGGGGGCGUCAAAACCCAAGGACGAAAAAAAGCCUGCUUCUCCGGUUGGCGCAGGAGGCACUAAUAAGAAGCCAGUUGGCACCAACAAGGACAAAACCGUUCCCGAAAAGCUCGUGCCGGUCGCGGACCUAUGCAUUGCCAAAGUAUCGUACUACGUACACGUAGAAGCUGCAUUUUGCAAGUUUUUUCAGAACGAAAGAAUAAAAAUGGAACGUUUCAUAAUCCUGACUCAGGUAGUUGUACAUGUACUAGGAAACCAACGCCAAAGCUGUCAUGCUAGUGUUGUACUCCUGCAAGUACCUACUUCUACGAACUCGUGCGAUAUUAAUACUUUUGCAGAGGAUAGCAACUGCAAGCGCGGCAGUCCAGUCUUUUUCCAGACUACAAGGGUUACUACGAUCGGCGAGACGCACUCCCGCUGACCUACAACGGCACUGGCCCCACGAAAUUUUACGGAGGCGGCCCGCCCAAGAAUGGCGGCUGCAUGAUAACGGGCCCGACUGUGCACCACCUCCGGGUCGAGCAGCUAGAUUAUUACAAUGAAAAAUGCCCCCACCCCCGAACUUGGAAACAUUUGUAUUGCAAACCUUUCCAAAUGAAACACUCGCCUUCUAUGCAUGUAUCAGCAUCACAGAAAUCCACUCGUGAGUAGCAAAAAUUUGUAUUGCAAAAGAUCCUAGCAAGAGCGGCGCUUGUCAUGCAAGCGAUGCGAUAUACGCCUCGACCCUGAAUCAGAAAGAUUCAUACUCCUUUCAUGCAUGACAAAAAGUUUUCAUUUGGAAACUUCGCGUCGCAAAUUUUUAACGCUGGACCGCACGGCCCAGAAAUGAUUUCAAAACAAUUUCAAACUACUUUCAAACUGUGGGGCUUUUCAAAAAUCAAAACUUCAAUGGCGCGGCCUGCGUGCUAGAAGGCGCUGCGGUUUGGUCUUGAUGUUUCGGCGCAUUUGCUUCUUUUUCGCCCAGUUCAGACCGCUGCGGGCUGAAUCCAGCGGAGAAGCUAGUGCGCCACUGUGUGCGUUGGGUCGCGCCGAAAUGCGUGGCAAUAUACUUGGGCCGAAAGGCGGCUCUCGUCGUUGGCCAACUCUACAUUGCCCGCGGGUCGUAACUCCGAUCCGAACGGCCACAGGAUAGACUCGCAGCGUCCAUGUGACGCUGGGUUUCUCGGCUUCGUUAGGUGGCCUGCGAGCGCCGCAGUCUGUUGCAUGGGUUCCUUCCCUGCCCCUUUUUUCGUCGCAAGGCAAGCCAAAAAGCGCCCUGCGACCGUCAAAAGCAGAUGUUGCGCCCGGAGGGCAGCAUCGCCGAGGGAAGCAAGCGCGGCGGGCUUCGGGAUGGGCUCGGAAGAACCAGCGCGCGGGCGACUUGCCGGGGAAAAUUCCUCGUCUUGGUGUUGCAGUGGUCCGCGCGCCUGCUCGUAGGUCGCGAGGCUACCUGAGACGGACGUGAAGAGGACGCAGACGGGGCCGCGGCGGGGAUAGUCUCCCUCGCGGCUCUGCGCUACGUAGUCAACGUCGCGCCGUGAAGGCGAAGGGCCGCCUGGAGCAUGCGGCAUCCUUCCUGCAGCGCGUGGCCGCUCUUCGGAGCAAAUUUGCGACGCCCGACAGGACAAGGAGGAAAGCCGGAGGGGGUGGGCCCCUGGUUCAGUAAACUCCAUCGGGCGGCGACACCCGCUGGGCAAAGAAAGAAAAAUAGGGCUUGGGCACAUUCCAAAUAAUAUCAUCAAGGCAUUUCAAAACGCCAUCAGAAUUCUGUCAGAAUUCCGUUCCCCGAUGGGUAGCUUGGUUCUGACGGAAUUCUGACGGAAUCUGACGGAAUUCUGACGGCAUUUUGAAUAUCGUCUUGAUGACGUUUUGAAAUUGGCCAAAAUGCUUGAUGACGUUUUGAAAUUGGCCAAAAUGCUUGAUGACGUUUUGAAAUUGGCCAAAAUGCUUGAUGACGUUUUGAAAUUGGCCAAAAUGCCUGAUGACGUUUUGAAAUUGCGCAGGAGGCUUGAUGGGAUUUUGAAAGCGUGCGAGAUGGCCGAUGGCGUUUUGAAAUCAGCGAAGGGCAUUGAUGGGCUUCGGAAUUUCCGAAGGGCAGCCGUCGGCCAUUCGGUGGGGCCUCGCGUACCGGUGUGCGAAGCGGUCCAAAGGGCAGGGGCGUGCAGCUCUUCGCCCGUGCCGAUGCCGAUUGCCGCGAAGCCCCGCAGCCCACUGAUUGCCAACGAGCCGCGCCGCCGGGCCCUUGGCGCAGGCACUACCAACCUGCCGGCGCCGGUAUUCUUGGGAGAGGUGCCGCGCCUGCCCGAUUCGUAUCGCCCGUGCCGAUCGGGGGUGGGCGUGGGCGCCCCGUGUCUUGCUUCCCAUGGCGCAGUGUCUAUGCCUGUAUGGGGUUGCCAAACCGGGGCGGCAGCCAGGCGCCCGGCGCCCAUUAUUUGAUUGUGGCGCCCCUGCGUGUGGGAGGUUUGCUCCGCCAGUGUAAAUCGCUCGGGCCCAUCGCGUACUGUCACACGUUGCAAAGGCCGGCGCCGCUCCGAGUGUGGGGCCCCGUGUGGAAAGGCCACACCAGACGCGCGGGCCCCGACAUUCAUGGCCGCGGGCGGCCCGUCGUUAGGCCCGCCAGCUCUUUGGCGGGCUUUUGGCAUUCCCGUUGCAGUCAAGUUUGUGGGGCUGUAUGCAAUGAAAAAUCGCACACCGCGGAGGCCCGCGGGGUUGCCACAGCAUGAAAAUGCUGGAAUUUUGAAAUUGGUUUGAAAUUGGUUUGAAUUAGAAUUACAGCCCGCGCAGUCUAGAGUUAAGCAAAUUUGUGCAACUUUGGCAUUUUUCACUGUAAUAAAGCUCUCGAUGGUAGUACUAGGACAGUGGAGGAUUUGACCUCCUGGGACGAUG